CGGCUCCAGCCGGCUUGCCCCGUGCUCCGCCCAGCACCUUCCUGACCGAGUUACGCCCAACCGUAUUCAUAGGUUCUGCCUGCUGUGAGUUACCUGCGGCCGGGGCCUGGAUUAUACGGCGGCACACGUAACCUUUUGCCCACCACGGCGCUACCCGCGAGGCUUCAGCCCCCUCGUUGGAUGCUACGGAAGAGAUCGACUGCGCCGCGAGACGCGCCGCCCUUCCUGGCCUUGCUGGCACCUUCGGCAUCCUGCCCAUCCCUUCGCCAUGGUUUAUUGCGGGAAGCCAAGCAAGGGAUGCUCCAACUGCCGCGUCCGCAAGAUCCGCUGUGACCAGGGGCAGCCGGGAUGCGGCCAGUGCGCAAAAAGGCAGCUGAGAUGUCCCGGCUACCGCAACCUCGUGGAUCUCAUGUUCCGUGAUGAGAGCGAGCAUGUACGCGAAAAGCACAAUGCGAGGACCCUCAAGAAGGCUGCCAAGCUCGGCCUCUCACCACCGGCCACGCCCUCCGACUCGGAAGGCCGGCUGUCAGCCACCCCCGAGCCCCGCGUCAGAAAACUGUCCCUGACCGUCCCGCCCUCGCCGGUGGCGAGCAGUUCAAUGUGCCGAGAUUCCGGGCAUCACGACGACGGCAGCAUGUUGAUGUCGCCCGAAUCAGGGAGCUGGCCGGUGACACCGCCGAUGGCCCAGGUGUACAACCUUGCGCCGGCGUGCCAAGAGCACGGCCUCGCCUACUUCUUCUCGCGAUACGUGAACGCCGAAGAGACGGUCUCGCACCAGAAAUUCGACUUCCUCACCGACGUCUGGAAGCCCUCGUCCUCAUUACCAGAGCGCCAGGUUGACGGCGUCCUCGCGAGCAUGACCGCCGUCGGCCUCAUGGGGUUUGCGGGCACGACGCGUUCGCCAGAGCUGAUGGAUGCCGCGAGAAAGUCGUACGGAGCCGCACUCCGGUUGAUAAAUCACGCCUUGCAGGACCCUGCAGAGGCCGUCAAGGACAGCACAAUGCUGUCUGUCCUCAUCCUCGGCGUCUUCGAGAUGAUGACGGAGAACCCGUCGCGAACGCCGACGGUCGAGGCCUUCCAGGAUCAUGUCAACGGGGCGGCGCUCCUCGCCCGGAUGCGGGGGCCAGCCCAGUUCCGGACGCGGGCAGGGCGGAGGAUGUUCUCCAUGCUGUGCCAGAGAGUCAUCAUCAGCUGCAUCCAACGGAGCAUGCCCAUGCCUGAGUAUCUGAUCGAGCUCUGGCACGAAAUGUCGCGGACAUCGGACGCAGGGAACAACCCGGACAAGCGGUUGAUGCCGCUGCUUUGGCAGGUUCUGCAGCUGCGCUACGAGAUCAAGAGCGGCGACAGUCCAACCGAUCCCGAAACCAUCGUGGAGAGACUACUUACCAUUGACCGGGAAUUCGAGAACCUGACCGCUCAGCUUCCAGCGUCCUGGAAAUACCGGACAUUCAAGGUGAAGCAACAGCACCCGGCCGUCUUCGGCGGCAUUUGCCGCCUCUAUUCGUCCCCGCACCACGCCAAUGUGUGGAACUACAUCCUUACCACCAGGAUCCUUCUCCUCGAAACCGUUCUCUCCACAGUCUCCCAGAGCCUCACUAGCUUCCCCGCCGGCGUCGACGCGACCCGGUACCUGGAUGAAUACCACAAAGCGCGCAGGAAACUCAAGCACCUGGUCCGCGACGUCGUCGCCAGCGUGCCGCAACAACUCGGCCUCAUGAACGCGGCCGACGGCAGCAUCGACAGCGCCGACGGCGACUCGCCGCCCAUCGCAACCGUCGAGAUCCUCCAGACCCCGUCCCCUCCGACCUCCCCCUCCGCCCGCUCCACCGCCUCGUCCUCCUCCGACUCGACCAGCACCGCCGCCUACAGCCCGCUGUCGGCCACGCCCGAACAACAGCAUCAUCUCUCCCACACGCGACAACACCAGCACACCGCCUCCUCCUCCUCCUCCCUGUCCCCCUCGGGACUCACCGUCCUCGACGUCACCCGCGCCCGCGACCGCGAGGCCGAGGCCGAGCGGUACAUGCUCCUCGCCUCGGCCACGAGUGCCGUCGUGUGGCCGCUGUUUGUCGUGGGUAUGUCGACGGCAGCGGCGUCGUCGUCGUCGUCGUCAUUAUCAUCAUCGAUGGACAGCGGCAGCGGUGGCAGCAGCGGCAACAGCAGCAACAGCGGCGGCGGCGGCGGCAACAGCGACGCAGAGAUGCGCGCAUACGUUGUCGGCCGGCUCCGCACGCUGUACAUGGAGACGGGCAUACGGCAGGCCGACGCCGUGGCGAAUCUGCUGGAGGAGGAGUAUGCGCAGCUGGAGGAGGGUGAGCCGCCGGCGGCGGUGGUGGUGGCUGCCGCGAGUGCGGGGGCGGGUGCGGGGCCUGGAGGAAACGAGGGGUGGAUGAUAGGGACGGAGGAGGUAGGGACACAUACGGCGCCGGAGCCUGGGCCAGGACCGGGACCGGGUCCUCGGUCGGUUGAGAGGGUCGGGGCAAGUGAGGCGUGGAGUGGGCAUGGUGGUGGUGGUGGUGGUAGCGUGACCGGUGCCGCUGAGGAGGGGUUUGGGUUGGGACUGGUGCCGGCGCCGGUGUCUGCGGUGGGCGGCGACGCCGCGUUGAAGAGCGGGUUUGGUGUCGUGUGGGCGUGACGACGCCGGGAGGCGGCGGGGUUUGCGAGAAGGGGCGGAUGGAUAGUGUAGAUAGGGAGGUGAGGCGGUGCGGCCAGAUGAACCUCCCUCUAAGUGGUGUGAAAAUAUACCACGGUGAAUGUAGUG